CAGCCUCGUGUUCAGCUUAAGGCUUUUUUUUUAUCUCUUUUUCUUUUCUUGUCACGUACUCCCAUUAAAUAAAGCUGCCUCAAAAUGGGUAAAGGUAAUAACAUGAUCCCGAAUGGCCAUUUCCACAAGGAUUGGCAAAGAUUCGUCAAGACAUGGUUCAACCAACCAGCUCGUAAAUUCAGACGUAGACAAAAUCGUAUCAAGAAAGCACGUUCAGUUGCUCCAAGACCAGUAAAUCUAUUGAGACCAGUUGUACAUUGUCCAUCAUUCCGUUAUCACACCAAGCUUCGUGCUGGUCGUGGUUUUACUCUUGAUGAAUUAAAAGCUGCUGGAAUAAACAAAAAUUUUGCCAAAACAAUUGGUAUUUCUGUUGAUUCAAGACGUCGCAACAAAUCUGUUGAAGCACUUCAAACAAAUGCACAACGUCUCAAGGAAUACAGAUCUAAACUCAUUCUUUUCCCCAUCAAUGCCAAAAAGCCAAAGAAGGGUGAUUCAACUGAAGAAGAAUGCAAAGUUGCCAGUCAACUUAAAGGUGACGUAAUGCCAAUUCGUCGUAGUGCUCCAGCUAAAUCAAAGGCACGUCCAAUUACUGAAGAAGAGAAGAAAUUCUCAGCUUAUGUUGCACUUCGUCAAGCAAGAGCUGAUGCUAGACUUGUUGGUGUCAGAGCUAAACGUGUCAAGGAUGCAGCUGAAAAUCCUGAUGAUGUCACUAAAGCACCAGCUGGUAAAGAAAAGAAAGCCAAAAAGUAAAACAAUCGUCAAACUUUAUGUCAAUCUUAUUUUUACCAAUAAAAAAAAUUAAAAACAAAAACAA